UGCCUUCCACGGUCGCGCGCCUUUCCUAAGCAACCAAAGCCCGGCCUUGUUUACGGCAGCCGCAAAAGCGACGUGAAAGCGCCGCCUGGGCGAAGAGGCUGGUUGAGAUAGACCAGAAUCUUAUGAUACUUUACGACUGUUAAGAUCUGUGAGAAAUAAACUUCAAGGCGAACAAAUCCAUGAGUGGGAAUCGAUCCCUGAAGAAACGAUGUGGGGAAUUGCAAUUGGAAUCCCCUGUGCGCUAUGGUCAUAUUCCAUCAUCAGGAUGUUCAUUAAACAAGUUGAUUCAGUUGCCUACACCACCUUUGUCAAAACACCAGCUAAAACGGUUAGAGGAACACAAAUAUCAAAGUGCUGGACGGUCCCUGCUUGAGCCACUAAUGCAAGGUUAUUGGGAAUGGUUAGUCAGAAGAGUACCAUCUUGGAUUGCCCCUAAUCUGAUUACAAUAGUUGGACUGAUAAUAAACAUCUGUACAACCAUAAUAUUAGUAUUUUAUUGUCCAACAGCUACAGAGCAGGCACCUCCUUGGGCAUAUAUUGCAUGUGCUUGUGGCCUUUUCAUAUACCAGUCUUUGGAUGCUAUAGAUGGGAAGCAAGCAAGAAGAACCAAUAGUAGUAGCCCUUUGGGAGAACUCUUUGACCAUGGCUGUGAUUCACUGUCCACAGUCUUUGUGGUUUUGGGAACGUGUAUUGCUGUACAGCUGGGGACAAACCCUGACUGGAUGUUCUUCUGCUGUUUUGCUGGGACGUUCAUGUUCUACUGUGCACACUGGCAGACAUAUGUCUCUGGAACAUUACGCUUUGGAAUAUUUGAUGUUACAGAGUCUGAACUCUGUAUUAUAAUAACUCACCUUCUCACAGGAACUCUAGGACCCGGGUUCUGGAAUGUUACGAUUCCGGUGAUAAACAUCCAAGUGAAAAUACUUCCAGCUCUUUGUACUGUAGCAGGAACCAUAUUCUCAUGCACAAACUACUUUGGUGUGAUCUUCACAGGUGGUGUUGGCAAAAAUGGAUCAACUAUAGCAGGGACUAGCGUCCUUUCACCAUUUCUUCAUAUUGGAUCAGUCAUCACAUUAGCUGCCAUGAUCUGCAAAAAAUCUGCCGUGAAACUCUUUGAAAAGCACCCAUGCCUCUACAUACUGACCUUUGGUUUUGUUUCUGCUAAGAUAACUAACAAAUUGGUGGUUGCACAUAUGACCAAAAGUGAGAUGCAUCUGCAUGACACAGCAUUCAUAGGCCCAGCACUCUUAUUCCUGGACCAAUAUUUUAAUAGCUUUAUUGAUGAGUAUAUUGUACUUUGGAUUGCCCUGAUCUUUUCUCUCUUCGAUUUGCUCCGAUACUGUGUCAGUGUGUGCAAUCAGAUUGCUUCCCACCUUCACAUCCAUGUCUUCAGGAUCAAGAGCUAUUCCAUAUAUUCUAAUCAUCAUUAACUUGGUCAUUGUCACAAUAAAAAACAACUGACAACUGUUUUCUACAGGAGAGGAUACAAGCAUAUUGAGGAGACUAUGGAAACUGGAACAGAUAGGAACAAAUCUAAUUUAUAAUAAUGUUGUAUAACUUCUACUCUGUUAUUGAUGACACUCCUUAGCUACCCUCCUCUAAAGAAAGGGGAAUUCCAAGCACUCUCCAGUCUGGAAAGCAUGCAGAGAGUAAAGCAUUGUCUUUGGAAUUACCUUGACCACAGAAUAACCACUUGGAUUAAAGGAUUCCUAACAGGAACUUCUAAUACAGUAUAAUUGCAAGCUGUAAGACAACUUGCUUUCUAAUUUUAAUAAAUGAUCUCUUAGGAAAAUACUCAUUUAGUAAGUACCCACUCAAAAAUAAUUACUAAAGACGAGCUUAUGAUACACAGAUAUCCCACUAGCUUUUGUGGCUUGAACGUCUUGGACUUUUGAUUCUAGACUUUGAUCUCAUUAUUCACCUGUUGCUGAUAACUGAGGUAGAUUUUUAAGAAUCCAGAAUGACACUUCACAUUACUCCCAUUGUCUCUUUGGAAGCUGCGGGUGUUUAAAAGUGCCAUCUUUGGAAGGAAUCCACUGUGGCUGGGCAGUCUGUUCAUUUCAAUUGGGUGCUGUGGGUCUGCUGAAUGCAAGUUGCUCAGCCACUGUACUUGAUGAAUUGCACCUUUUGUCUUUAAAGUUUUACCCCCAGAACCCUGUGACGGGGAGCGGGGUGAUCGUCAGCAUGCAGUAUAGUGUGGUACCUGUCAGUUUAUUUUAUUUUUAAAAAAUAAACAUUUAAAGAAUUUAUUUCUCAGUGUUCUUCGGUGGAAAGUCUAUACAAAAUUUACAGGUUUUUUUGUAUAAAAUUUAUGCAAAAAAUUAUUUCUGCUCUUUAAUAAAUAAGAAAAUUCUCAUA